UGUCGCUACUUGUCUAAGGAAUUCGUAUUUUAACCUAUUUCCAUUAUUGAGAAAACGAGAUUUGACAUCUCACGAGUCUAGUUUGUAAAAAAGAUCGUUUCAAGAAAAUCCAGUUGCUUUAUUUUUUUCCUCAAGUUUUGAAAGAGAAUUAAGCACAAUGGGAGAACGGAAGGGAACAAAUUUGUACUAUCCACCGGACUAUGAUCCCCGUGCUGGUGGUCUGAAUAAAUUCCAGGGGACUCACGCAUUACGUGAGCGUGCCCGCAAACUCCACAUGGGCAUCUUAAUCAUACGAUUUGAAAUGCCCUAUAAUAUAUGGUGUAAUGGAUGCGGAAAUCACAUUGGCAUGGGUGUACGAUAUAAUGCAGAGAAAAAAAAGAUUGGAAUGUACUACAGUACUCCGCUCUAUCAAUUUCGCAUGAAGUGUCAUCUCUGCGACAAUCACUUUGAGAUAAAAACUGAUCCUGCUAAUUUAGAUUAUGUCAUAGUUAGUGGUGCAAGACGUCAGGAAAAUCGAUGGGAUCCUAAGCAAAAUGAACAAGUAGUACCAGAGACGAAAGAAGUAUCCCAUAGAUUGUAUGAUGAUGCAAUGUAUAAGCUUGAACAUGGCAUGGAAGAUAAGAAAGUAGCAAAGUCUCGAGAUUCAAUACUGGAAGGUGCAAUAGCAUUGAAUGAGAGUAUUUGGAAAGAUGAUUACAGCUCCAAUUGUGCAGUGAGGGCUUUAUUUCGGGAACGGAAACAGGAGCUUAAGAAAAAACAAGCUGGAGAUCAUGCAUUAUUAAAAAAAACUGGAUUGAAUAUUGAUUUGGUAAACGAACAUGAAGAUGACAUCAAAUUAGCCAAAUUACUCACCCAUAAAAAAAAUGCAAGAAAGAAAGGAGGCACGGAAUUGAAACGGUUAGUUUCGAUUGUACGAUCUAAAAAUAGAAAAAAUAUAUCUUCAAGUAAUCGAUUGAAACCACAAAAUCAGAAAUCACCAAAAGUACAGGAAGUAACGGAUAAUGCUACUACCUCCAAAGCCAGUUCGAGCAUGUCUUUAGUAAAUUAUGAUAGUUCUAGUACCGAUAGCGACACUUAGUAUUUUAUAUUCCGAAUUUAAAA